AUGAGAUCUUAUUUUACAGCGUAUGUUAUUUUUUGAAUAUUUUAAAGCGUAGAAAUUAGUGAAUAUUGUCUUAGAUAAUAUAGGUGACAGCGAUAUGACAAAUUUUUAUAAAUUAGUGUAUGAAGCCUAAAAUUCCAUCAAAAUUGUUGAAAGCAAUUUUAGUUUAGCGAAAGCAGGAUACAAUGUGACAGUCUUGGACACCUCUAACGCCAAACUAAAACAAUAUGGCUGUAAUAUUGUGGUAGAACAGGCGUAUGUCCCAGUUGAGCAAGCUGGUCGAGUUGAAGCUAUAACAAGGUUUCUGACAAAAACAUAUAAUGGAUUCUCAUUAAGUGGGGCUCAAAAGAAUGGCAAUGAUAAUAUGUUAGAUAUUAUUGAUCAAAGGUGGGAGACGGUAAGGGUAUUAUGUUGUAGUGUAUGUCACAGUAUCUAGUACAAGAUUGAGAUACUAUUAUAGUAUAAAAACAUGUUUUUUAGUUUACUGGUACUAUUUUGAGUUCAGAUCUAAGCUAAAAAUAUAAAUUUUGUUUAAAAUUACGUUCAUUUCAGCUUUAUCGUGUCAUACACACUUCGUACGAUCUGGUUGUCAUAGAUGACAUACCAUGUGUUCAUUGCUCGGUAAUCGCGUCUGCUUUAAAUAAGAUGCACAAUACUAAAAUUAUACUGUUUUCCACGACUAAACCUUUGGAGUACAACUUUAUUUUGCUUGGUUUGGGUAAGUGUUGAGAUUGUUUUGUUACAGUAACCGAUAUAGUGUUACAGUAAGUUUGAUCAAAAGAUAGUCGAUGUAUGGGCUUAUUACGGUAGAUUAGGUAUCACCAAGGUUAAUAGAAGGAUAAUAUUUAUAUUAUUUUAUCUUUUCCAGUCAAAUCUCCAGUUACAAAUCCCUAUAUAUUCACCUUUAUGCCAAAGAUCAAUAUCGACAUUAUGGAUUUUAAAAACAUUAAACAUCGGAUUCACAAUUUGAAGUUAUGGUUUUACGAAAUGUACGAGUUUCUAACUACUGGUAAGUUUGUCAUUCUUAAGCAUUUUUAAAAAAUUUUACAUUUUUUAAGGGGUUAAGAACGGAAUGCCAAAUUGGCGCGAAAUUCAAAAAUGAAAAUUUUUUUUAGUUUUGUGUAACAAGUUUAUUGGUAAUACAAAAGUAAAUGUAAAAAUGAUUUUUCAGACGAAUCAAGAGUAGUAUCAUCACACAAAGAGUUUGGUCAAACAGCUUUUAGUUGGACUAGUCUGUUCCAGAAUAUCGGUCUUCAUGUCGUCGAGUCUGUUGAUGAAAAUGUUUGGCCUGUUCCUAGUAAGAUGUUUUGAAUUUUUUGUGGUUUAAAAUGAUUAUUUUAAAACAUUUAAAAAUUUUUUAAAGUUUUUAGACUAUUUUUAUAAAAUGACAUAUACACGGUUCUACAUCAGACGUAUUUUACCUUAUUUUAGCUUAUAAUUAAUCUUUUUUUAGCCCACAACUUUAUAAAACAUACUGGUCUAACCUGUAACCCAUCAUCCUCAAACUCUACAAAACCAAUUCCAAGAGAUUUACUACAAUUUAUGGAAGAUACCACCUCAAAAGGCACGAUUUACAUUGCUUUUGGCAGUUACAUUGACUUUACUUAUGCUCCGGAACACUUACAUUAUGCUCUGGUCAAUGGUAUUCAACGACUGUCUGACUACAGAGUUAUUGUGUCUGUCAAGAUCAACAAUACUUACAUACCUAAACUGCCCUUUGUGAGAUAUGUUGAUUGGGCGCCACAAAAGGAGAUACUACAACAUUACAGUACUAAAGUGUUUCUUACUCAUGGGGGAUUGAAGAGGUAGGUAUUACACAUAUCGUGAUAUGGUAUGUUUACCAAGUAUAAUGCACUAUAAAAGUAAUAUUACAGUAUAAAAGAAGCUAUUUGUUCAAAAGUUUCAAUCGUGAUCAUGCCAUUGUUUGCCGAACAGUCAGCCAAUGCUCAUAUGAUUCUGAAGUCUAAAAUUGGACGAAUAUUGAACAAGUUUACUGUAGAUGAAAAAACAUUUGCUACAGAGUUAAAAACGGUAUGAAUUGACAAUAGUUUUGAAGUUUAAAAAAUAUUUUUCAAAGAAAGUUAAAUCGGCUGCACUAUGCAGAGAUGAAUGUUUUGAUUGCACGGUGCGGACGAAAAGACUGACAAGGACAGUAUUCAACCCGUCCCACUCAGAAUCAGCCCAAAGUUUUUAUAUAAAUCCUUUGUAUCACGAAUAUUAAAUUAGAAUUCAGAAAAAAUAAAAAGUUUUCUAAUUUCAGGUAGCGUCCGCUACUGAUUACAAGAACAAUAUCAAGAACUUGUAUGAAUUGUGGAGUGAAAGACCAAUGUCACAUCUAGAACAGGUUGUAUUUAUGACAAAACGUUAUGACAAGGUUGAUUCGAAGAGUUGGAACAAGUAUUUACAGCCUCAAUCAAAAAGAUUACCUACUUAUUGUACAUACCUGGUUGAUGUUAUUGGGGUUGUCCUGAUAUUUAUUGCUGUUGUUAGCUAUUAA